GCAGCAUGACUUUCCGGCUCGCCACCGUAGCUGUCUACAUGCUCGGAUUCUUCUUCAUCGUCUUCCUUUGCAACUUCCUCCACAUCUUCCUCCGCCGCCUCUCCCAGCCCCGAAUAUUCUCCGAAUGCAUAGUCUCUCUUUCCCCCUUUUUUUUCCUUUUCAAAGAUGAUCAAUAAUGGUUCCUCAUUUAUCCCAUUUCGUUUCACUUUUUUAAUUAAAUUAAUCGCCUCCCAUCUCAGGUGGGGCUAUUCCUGAGCAAUCUACCGAUGAUACGCAAGCACACGAAGGGGGAGGGCAUCCGCAACACAAUCGAGUACAUUGUGGAGGUGGCGAUGGUCCUCCACAUGUUCGUGGUGGGUCUCGAGGUAGACCCCAACAUCUUCCUCGAGAUCCACCUCCCUGAGGCCAAGGUGGCCUACUCGGCCAUCUUGACCACCUUCGUCAUGGCCUCGUUCCUCACCCCCUUCCUCGACAUCCCGGAGACCUCCAGCGUCCCCUUCAACCUCUGCCUCUCCGUCAUCAUCUCCGGCACCGCCAGCCCCCUCCUCACUCGCCUCAUCACUGACCUCAAGAUCGGCAAGUCCGACAUUGGCCGCUUCGUCGUCUCCGCGGGCAUCCACACCGACCUCGUCGCCACCCUCCUCAUCUGCAUCGGCUUCAUCGUCUUCGACCCCCUCGAUGGGUUCUACUACCGGAGCGUCAGGACCGUCGUCUCCAUGGUGUCGCUCGUGGCCAUGGAGGUGGUGGUGGCGGCGAAGGUGACGCCGCUGAUCAUGAACUGGGUCAACCGCGAGAACCCGGAGGGGAAGCCGAUGAAGUGCUCCCACCUGGUUCUCGCGGUGGCCUAUGUGGUCAUGAUAUGUAGCUUCUCACCGCUGUGCGUCAAUUACAACAAGAUUCUGAGCUCGUUUCUCGCCGGAGUUUUCAUGCCUAGAGAUGGGAGGAUAGCUAAGAUGAUGAUCAUUCAAGUGAACUAUUUCUUCAAUGCAAUUUUUCACCCACUCUUCUUCUUCUGGGUUGGGACAGAGGCCCAAUUCAAACAGUUCCAAGCCGGGAAGCUGCAGACGUGGGCGAGGAUCGCCUUCAUCUUCUUGAUCGCCACCCUCGGGAAGGUCAUCGGGGCGGGGCUGUCUGGCGUGAUGCUCGGCUUGCACUGGCAGGACUCCGUCGCCACGGGUCUGCUGCUCAACAUCAAGGGCCACUUCCAUGUCUACUUAGCCAUCAUGGCCACAAAUAUGAACUACACAAGCAUCUCGACGAGCCUCUCCCUUGUGUUCACGACGCUGCUGACGGUGGUCUACACCCCACUGGUCGUGUCGAGCAUCAUCAAGCGAGCGAGGCGGCACGCCCCAACGCAGAGGAUGGCGCUCCAGUGGCUAAACCCCUCUAGCGAGCUGCGAGUACUGAUGUGCGUCCGGGGCACACAGCACGUGGGCGGGGCAGCAAACCUCAUGGCGAUCUCGCGGGGACCGUUGGACCCUGGGAUCCUGGUUCAUCUGACGGACAUGGUGGAGCUGACCGACAGGAUUGCGGCGACGCUGGCGCACAAUCAGAGCAUGGAUGCUGUGACGGUGACGGAUCCGACGGUGGUGGAGAUGAGGGAGCAGAUCACCACAGGCGUGAAUGCGUACCUGGACGAGGACGGAGAAGGGAUCACGACGCACCGGAUGCUGGCACUCUCCACACUCAGCAACAUGCACCAAGAUGUCUGCAUCUUAGCAGAGGAUCUGUCAAUUUCACUCAUAGUUUUGCCGUUUCACAAGCAGCAAGAACCAAGUGGAAGGCUUGAUCUUGGCCAUGCCGGCUUUAGGCAUGUCCAUCGCAAGAUCCUCCGCCACGCGCCGUGCUCGGUCGGGAUUCUAGUCGACCGGGGUCUUGGGGCGACGGCGCUGUCAAGAGCCGCCAUAUCCCUCUAUGCAGCAGUGAUUUUCAUCGGAGGCAAGGACGACCGGGAGGCACUAGCCUUUGCCGGUAGGGUGGCCUGUCACCCGGGCGUGAAGUUGACGGUCAUACGGUUCCUGCUAGAGGCUGCUGGGGACAGCGUGUCAUCGAUCGUGACCAUGGCGAGGGCCAACACCGCGGAGCAUCAGGAGGAGAUGAAAGUUGAUGAUGAGUGCUUUGCAGACUUCUACGACAGGCAUGUAGCCGGAGGGCAUGUGGCCUACAUGGAGAAGUACCUGAGUAACUCGGGGCAGGCCUUCUCGACGUUGAGGUCGCUCGAGGCACAGUAUGGUCUGUUCAUCGUGGGACGGGGUGGGAGGGUGAACUCGCUCCUCACGGUGGGGAUGAAUGACUGGGAGGAGUGCCCAGAGCUCGGCCCAAUCGGGGACAUCCUCUCCGCUUCGGAUUUCUCCGCAACGGCCUCUGUUUUGGUAAUACAACAGCACAGCCUCAAGGGGGAACUAGAUGGUCUCCAAGAGGAAUUCUCAAUCAUGUAGAGUGAUUUUGUACAGACAUACAGCAGAUGAUUUCAAUUUUCAAAUGCUGUCAGUUGUAAGUAUUAUGUCUCAAUG